GCGUGCGGGACGCGACGUCAUUGGGCGAACGGCCGCAGCGCAAUGAUGGCCGCCGACGCAUUCGGCCAAUGAGCAGUGCGCGAGCCGAACGCGCGGUCCGUCCGGCGACCGACGCGACGUUGCCAGCUUUUCAGAAAAAAAUACCAGAUUCGACCUUCUUAGGACCCCCGGUUUUUUUUUGUUUGGCCGCGUUAUCAUUCGGGAACGUGUAUUGAGGUCCUUAUCCGUACGUGAGAUGGUGCGCUCUGUUCGCAGGUGGACUAGUGUUGUAGUGUUUUAGUGUAUUAUGGUGUGGUCUACGCCAUCGGGAGAGGUGCUCAUUGACGUCGUCACAAGGCCCGGGCAGACGGAUCACGGGCACGGCGGCGGCGGCGCCCUGGCUUACGGCGGCAAGCCGGCGGCGGGCGCGGUGGUGGCGCCUCCGCAGCCGCGCGCGCCGCCCGCCGCGCCCUACGCGCAGCCCUACUCGCCUGCGCUCCGGCUGCAUCAGCCCGGGUAUGGCUCGGCUGCCCUCACUUUCAGGGAUGGCAGUUACGUGCGAGGAGGCGGUGCGGUGGGCGAGUACCGCGGUGGCACCCGCAUGUCCAUGCUCGGCAGUGGGUACUUGCCGGCGCCGGCGCCGCAGCCGCACCAUCCGCCACCGGCGGACCCGCCCCCCUUCAAGAAGAUACGGUUCGGCGUCGAGAGGCCACCACCCACGCCGCUGCCGGUCCAUCAGCCCCUCAGAGUUGAUACAAGAGUGCCGGUGAACGCGUAUAACGCGGUGGAGCUCUCGCCCAACCCCCCUUCCGAGCCUACUGCGGAAGACAGCUUUCGCACCACCAAGGAUGACCUGCUGCAGCAGAUAUCGAAGGUGGACCGCGAGAUGGCUUUGUCAGAGGCGACCCUGGCCAAGUUAAAAAAGAAGCAAGAGGAGCUGGAACAGACCGCUUCUAAGCCAGCGAGGGCCGAGGAGCCCGAGGAGGCCGUGCCAAGACAUAGAAGCUUGGCGCAGUGCGUGUACGCGGAUAACAGGAAAAAGGCGGCGUCGGCGCACGCACUUCUAUCGCACCUGGGCCCGCAGACGCUAUAUCCGGUGUACAACCAGCCACAAGACACGCCUGUCUACCACGAGAACAUCAGGCGACACCGCACCUUCAGGAAACGGCUCGCCGCCCACAUACACCGGCUGAGGAGGGAGGCGGAGAAGAGAGAAGACUUAUUAGCAGAAGCGUACAGCAGACGAGCUGCAGACUGGUUGAGAAGAGUCGAGAGGAUAGAACAGGGACAGAAGAGGAAAGUCAAGGACGCGAGAAAUCGCGAGUUCUUUGAGAAAGUGUUCCCUGAGCUUCGGAAGCAGCGCGAGGAGCGCGAGCGCUUCAACCGUCUCGGCGCGCGCGUGAAGUCCGAGGCCGAGCUCGAGGAGAUCGCGGACGGGCUGCACGAGCAGGAGCACGAGGACAAGAAGAUGCGCGCGCUCACCGUCGUGCCGCCGCUGCUGCGCGACCCGCGCGACACCGCGCCCGUCUACGUCGACACCAACCGCCGGUGUAUGGACAUGGAGUCGGAGCACAAGGAGCUGCAACUUCGCAACGUGUGGUCGCAAUCAGAGCGGGAGGUGUUCCGCGAGAAAUACCUUCAGCACCCCAAGAACUUCGGCCAGAUUGCCUCCUUUCUGCCCCGGAAGAGUGUCAGGGAUUGUGUUAGAUUCUAUUACCUAUCGAAGAAGGCUGAGAAUUACAAGCAGUUGCUCCGGAAGCCACGCCAGCGCCGCUCCGCGCGGAACCCGCCGCGGCCGGCGCCGGAGCCCGACCUGCCCGCCGGAGUCACCACGCGCCUCCAGAGGUCGCAAGGAGCGACGGCGCGGUCGGUGGACAACAAGGAGCCGAGCUUGGACGAGACGGGGCUGGCUGCUGGUGUCUCCUGCAUCCUGCCCACGGCGGCGCCGCAGCCUGCAAGAACGGAACUCCGAACGCCGCCUCUCAUACCAUCCCCGCCGCCGGCGUCGUCAGCCCCCGGCGGCGCGCCGUCGGUCGCCGACUCGCCGCCGACGCCGCCGCCGCUGGAGCUGACGCCGGACACGCCGCUACCGCCGCUGCCGCCGAUGCCGCCGCCGACUACUUGUGAAGCGAUGAUGACGACGACUGUUGUGACGACAUCAUCAUCACCCACCAGCGUGCCCUCCCCGCUGCCAGCGACCAGCCUGGCGCCCGCUACCGUCGCUCCCGCGGCAUCGUCGCCGGCGCCCGUCUCGCUGUCGGCGGCGGCGGUGUCGUCCAUCCCCACGCCGCCGCCGGGAAGCGCGCCGCCGACACCGCAGCCGCCGCCGACGCCGACACAGCCGCCGCCGACGCCGGAGACAGCGGAAACCAAGCCCUCGCCAGUCCUAGGUCACGAGCCCGCUGCUCCAGAUGUGUACUUUCAUCAGCGCGGCCACUGGAGCGCGACGCCCGCGCACGCGCUGCGCCUGCUCAUUGCUGGUACAGCAAGCUCGCUGCGUAGAUCUGUCAAUGCUUCAAUACCCGAAUGCUAA